AUGAUGGAUCAUUUGUACAUGGCAUUGUAAAAUAUCUUGUAGAGAUACAAAAUAGUUUUUUGAGAGAUGUUUUAACAAUACCAGUUGGAAAAUGUGAAUCUAUCAAGUUUUUACAAGAACCUAAAAAUUAUAAUGUAGCAAUGGAAAAGAUGAAUACCAAAAUGUAUUAUUAUUUACCAGAAGUUAAAUUGGACAAAUUUAAAGAAAAUAAUUUAAUCAAUUAUGAAUGGGAUGAUAAUUUGUUAAUGUAUAGUCAAAGAAGUUUGGCUGCUGGACAUGGACAAGAAAUUAUUUAUGAUUUGCAAAAAAUUGAAGAGGAACUUGCAAAAAGACUGGUUUAUGAGAAGUAUUAUAUUGAGCAAAACAAUGAAAACUUGUAUUUGGAAUCAUUCCAAUAUCACAUGGAAAUGUUCCAAGAAAGCAAUAAAAUUCUUAAUGAUAUUAAACUAUUAAUACCACAGGAGAUUAUUCCAAAUGAUAAGACAUCUUUAAUAAAUGAAUCAAUAUCUAAUA